CAGCCGAGACGCGUGUCUCAGCCUCUUGGCAGGAUGUCUUGGUCUCUGGACCUGCUCCCUCUGCCUCCUUGUGUGGAACUGGGUGGGCCUCCCCUGAGUGGCCUUCUGUGGACUCUGCUGCUGCUUUUUCUCUGGUAUUGCUACCGUGUUGGCGCCGACCCUCCAUCCUGCUCAUCUGGCUCGGCUCACUCUGCUUUAUCUCGCUCCUCCAGCUGCUCUCCAGUUGAGCAUGGUCAUUCCACCCCGAAACCUUCCCCUGCAAUCGCUGUGGAGAGCGGGGAGGAAGAAGAAGCAAAGAGUUACCUGAUGCCGGUGUUGAGCCAUGCCCCAUUUCCUGCUCAAGCAGCAGCAGGAAGCAGGAAGUUGUACACAGCACUGCAGGAGUAUGCCAAGCGUUACAGUUGGGCCGGCAUGGGCCGCAUCCACAAGGGCCUGCGCAUCCAGACUAGGAUGAAUGAUCGCUCCACCAUUCAGAAGCCCCACCUCUUCUACCUUCCCGAUGUUCCGAGCAUCCCUUUCUUCCCUCGGGAUGCUCAUCGCCAUGACAUCGAGAUCCUGGAGGCCAGCUACCCUAUAAUCCUUGCUGAAUUCCAGGCUGUCUUCAAGAGAGGCAUUGACACAAAGCUGGGCUGGAUAUUCCAAGGACCUAAGGGUCAGGCACUGUUUCCACUCUACAACACUGGAGUGUGUGUGGCAAGUAAUUGCCGCGCGUGUCCAUGUACGUACCGUACUCUCCUCUCCCUGAGAACUUUCAUCAGCAGUAACUCCCUUGGCUCAGCAGGUUUCUGGCUUUUGGGCCCUGGGGCCUCACUAGGGGGAACUUAUGGGCCCACCAACACACGUCUCCGGUGCCAUCUGGGUCUCCAGACUCCUUCACAGUGUGAACUGGUGGUAGGGGGUGAGCCUCAGUGCUGGUCUGAGGGACACUGCCUCCUAGUGGAUGACUCUUUCCUGCACACCAUCUCGCACAAUGGUGGCGCUGAAGACGGUCCGAGGGUGAUUUUCAGUGUUGAUCUGUGGCACCCAAAUGUUGCAGCAGCAGAAAGACAGGCUCUGGACUACAUCUUCAGUCCUGAACAGUAAUCAACUACAUAUCUCUGAGCUCACCAGUAACACCGAAAAUAUGCAGAGAUGGAGCCUAGCUGCAUCUCAUUCUGUUUCAGCUGAUCUCUUCUCUAAACCACCAAGAAGAAAUGUGGAGACAAAUUUGACGUAUCUUUCCAUCACAAGAUAAGUUGACUGUAUGUAACUGCAUUGUAUUUUCCCCAAAAUGUACUGAAGCAGAAAAGUUUGUCUUCCCUCUGAAAGUUCCUCUAAGUAGAAGCAAGA